CAGCAGCCCCGACUGCUCCUCCUGCAGAGGCAGACUGUGCAGCAUAUAAAGCCGCCGGACACACGACCAGUGGAGUCUACACACUUGGCUCACCCCUGUCCGGUGUAGAGGUCUACUGUGACAUGGAUACAGCAGGAGGAGGAUGGACUGUCAUCCAGCGCAGAAUGGACGGGUCAGUUCCCUUCAACCGGACCUGGGAGGAGUACAAGCACGGGUUUGGGAACAAGAACGGGGAAUACUGGCUUGGGAACGAGAACAUCCACCUCCUGACUGCUCAGAAGAACUAUAGGCUGCGGGUGGACAUGAUGGACUGGGGAAAUCAGAAACGCUACGCCGAAUACGAUACGUUUAGGGUGGCCGGUGAGUCGGACGGGUACCGACUGACCAUUUCCGGGUAUUCAGGCACCGCCGGAGACGACAUGAGUUACAACAACGGGCAGAAGUUCUCCACUAAGGACAGGGACAGCAGCGGCUUUUGUUCUCAGCUGUACGGACAGGCCGGCUGGUGGUUUAGGGGCUGCACCCUCGCUUUCCUCAACGGCCCCUACCUGGGCAACUGUGGGAACUCCUGUUCCACGCAAGGUGUGAUGUGGUACCGCUGGAGAGGCGCUCGUUACUCCCUGAAGUCUGUGUCUAUGAAAAUCAGGCCACGAUAAUCGCAUCUGCUGUACUAAAUCUGAUCACACCCAGUUAUCCACAAAACCAUCAAUCCUACAUGUCUGUAACGCUGACAAGUAACGCUCUCUAUUGUAGCGGCUUUGUCUGUUACAAACUUACACCAGAAUGAGUCAAUUUGAAUGUACCAGUGAGGCAGACGUCUUUGUUCAGAUAACUGGAGAAGUGUUCAGAUAUAGUUGUUAUGGAGCAAACUGUUCAAUAUGAGUUUUGGAUACAAGUGACGAUACCUGUAAUAUAUAGCAACUGAGUUUUAAAAAAGCACUUUUGCUUAUAUUGAUGCUGGGUGCUUCUGAUUUAACAUAUUAAAAUAAUGCUCUUUAUGUGGUGUCUCUUUUGUUUUAGAAUUUCAGUAACAUACUUGUACAACUGUAGUGCUGCAGUCAUGGAUUCCUUAGUAUACAAGACUGUACAAGUAUGUAGCCUCAGUCAAUAUAUAAACUAUAUAGUCUUCUGUAGAAUUCAGUAGUCCCUGAGAACUAUUGUUACCAUAAAUAGCAAAGUUCUUUGAUCACAACCAUUUAUUUUUCGUUGACCUAGUAUGUAUGUGACAAUUGCACUACGUUCGGAAGGCAUUGUUAACAGUAAAAACUAGCUAAAGUGCACUGUGAACCAUGCAAUACCUUUAGUGCACUAUGCACCGAGUAACAUCUAGCGCCAGUGCACAGUAAACCAGUCAGAAUUGCCCUGAUGAAGAUGACAGACGGUCAUUGAAACGUCGGCUCGUGAAAAAUAAAUUGUUGCGAUAAAAAGAACUUUGCUAUUCAUUCGUUUACCAACCUGAUGAAAUUAUUUAGGGACAUUGUUACCAUAGUAGUUACCCAGAAGAAGAAGUUGCUUAUGUUCUAUUUUAUACAAUUGCUGAGUGUUAAAAUCAUUUAUUUCCUUCUGAGCGGAAUAUUUUCUUCCAGAAAGGAAAUGUGUUUGAGAAAUGUUUAAGAAUGAAUAUUUACUGAAAGGUGAUUUUCUGUAAGGCAGUUCAAUAACAGUAAAUAUUGUAGUCAAGGGCUAAUUGACAAGGAAUAACAUCAUGUUGGAAGAAUCAUUUUUUAAUCAUUAUUUUAAAACUUGUCUCUUAUCUUGGCCAAUGUUUGGCAGUUUUGUGUCACAUUGUAGUGCUGUUGUACACGUACGUGAACAACAGAGAGACUAGAACUAUAAUCAUGGAACACAAUUAGAUGUACAAACCAUUAGUGAUGAGGCCUAGGGGGAAAAUGUCAUGUUUCCAUUUCAAGUCCUAAAACACUUAGGGUGGGUUGGUAGGAAUCCUUUUUUUUCAUUUUAGAUUCUGGCUGAAGCUAAACUAACAAAGUCAAGCUAAAAAAUACAUCAUGAUCAGGGCUGUCUCCAGUUCCUGUCCACCCCAUAUGUUUGGUAAAAAUGGUUUGGAAAAUGCGUGAAAUAGCAUUUCAGACGAUUUGAAAUGCAGAAAAAAGAAUUUUAUGUCCCUUGUCAGCAGUCAACCCAAAAAUACCAGCGUUGAUCUGGAACCCGGAAACACUACAUUUUUCCAAGGUCCCGGAUUGCAUACAGUAAACUGCUAUAAACAUAUAAUGUAAUGUCUUCUAUAUGAAGGAUGUAAGACUUUGGUGAUGGGUGAAAAUAAAUUCUGCACUGCUGGUGUUUCAA